UUGUAUCAGCUUAUUCAAGAUCAAUUGAUGUUCCUUUGUUGGUUGGCAAUCGAUAAAAGUCGAUUAGAAAUAAGAUUCGAUACGAGAAUACCAAUAGGCUGUUACUUCAUUCUGCUUCGUACUGUCGUUAGAGUAGAUCGUUGCGCUCGGUUUUCAACUUUGAAUUGCGAUAUAAUCAGCAAAAUGCCUAUCAAGAGUAUCAAGGCACGUCAAAUUUUUGACUCUCGUGGUAACCCAACUGUGGAGGUCGACUUAGUCACAGAAUGUGGUCUUUUCCGUGCCGCUGUACCAUCUGGCGCGUCUACUGGAGUCCACGAAGCUCUAGAGCUUAGAGACAAUGACAAAUCAAAGUAUCAUGGAAAGUCUGUAUGCAAAGCUGUAGAUAACAUUAACAGUAUUAUCGCUCCUGAAUUAUUGAAGGCCAACCUGGAAAUUACCCAACAAACAGAAAUUGACAAUUUCCUUCUUAAACUAGACGGAACUCCUAACAAGUCCAAACUAGGCGCCAAUGCAAUUUUAGGUGUUUCAUUGGCAGUUUGCAAAGCAGCAGCUGCCAAGAAAGGAAUUCCAUUAUAUAAGUACAUCGCAGAAUUGGCUGGAAACAAAGAAAUUAUCUUACCGGUUCCUGCUUUCAAUGUAAUCAACGGUGGAUCCCAUGCUGGCAAUAAAUUGGCCAUGCAAGAAUUUAUGAUCUUACCAACGGGUGCCUCCAGUUUCACCGAAGCUAUGAAAAUGGGCAGCGAAGUGUAUCAUCAUCUCAAAGCAGGAAUUAAAAAGAAGUUUGGUUUGGACGCUACUGCUGUUGGCGACGAGGGCGGUUUUGCUCCCAAUAUUUUGGAAAACAAAGAAGCUUUAAAUUUGAUCAUAGAUGCCAUUAAGAUAGCCGGAUACGAAGGCAAGAUAAAGAUUGGUAUGGAUGUAGCCGCAUCUGAAUUUUACAAAAACGGAAAGUACGAUUUAGAUUUCAAGAACGAAAAGUCCGACCCUAGUACGUAUUUGGAGCCGGAAGCUCUUAAAAACCUAUAUUUGGAAUUUGUUAAAGAAUUCCCAAUCGUAUCGAUCGAAGAUCCGUUCGAUCAAGAUGCUUGGGAUUCCUGGUCGGCCAUGACAGCUGCUACUCCUAUUCAGAUAGUGGGCGAUGAUCUCACUGUGACAAAUCCGACGAGAAUCAAGACAGCGGUCGAGAAGAAGGCUUGCAAUUGCCUUUUGUUGAAGGUCAAUCAAAUCGGUACGGUUACCGAAUCUAUCAAUGCUCACAAAUACGGUAAAGAAAAUGGAUGGGGCACCAUGGUAUCCCAUCGUUCCGGAGAAACGGAAGACACGUUCAUUGCCGACUUGGUCGUUGGUCUGUCGACCGGUCAAAUUAAAACUGGCGCACCGUGUCGUUCCGAACGUUUAGCCAAGUACAAUCAAAUCCUUCGUAUAGAGGAAGAACUUGGACCAGCAGCCAAAUUUGCCGGAGAGAAAUUCCGUAAUCCACAUGCUUAAAAAGCCUAAUGUCGUCGUCUAUGUUAUGCGCCUUAUUACGAAGCUCAUUUGUAAAGUACAUCAAAGUGAUUAAGUUUACGUAAUAACACGACGUGUUACGUAUAUUUUUAGAAACAGCCUCAUUACGUAGAUUAAACGUACUCUACCGCCGACCUUUUUCUUCUUUCGUUCGAUUGUUUUUUGUUUUUAUAACAAUAAAUAAUCCAUUUCAGUUGUAAUUUAAUCGAUACAGUAAAUAUUAAUGUCCAACGUUAUAUUUAUGAUCAUAUUGUUCGAAAGAUAGAUAAAUAUUAUAUACCGGGUUAAUCCAAUGGAAAACCGAGUUUCAUUAAACAGAAUAGAAAAUUGUUAUGAUUAUCCUCUAGAAGAGUUAAACGUUGUUAUGAGAAACAUAUCUGUGCAAAUGAACCGAUAAAUAAAAGUAAUGUCUAUGAAA